AUGGCUGCGGCUGGCUUAGAGGGCAAUGAGCUCUGCUUCGAAGAAGCAAUGUCAUGGCUGCCUUCUCAUGUUCUUGAUGAAGCAAUUUGGGAAACCAACAAAACAAAGGAUGACGUGAAGUACAACUACCAUCACCAUCGCCAUCGUUCGAAGUUGCCGGUUAAAAGUUGUUCACCGGUUGGCUUGAGACGGCAUCAGAAACCCAGAUAUUGGGGCGGCUCUGCAUCGGGAGGACCUGGAAUGCAGGCUUUUUUCUUGGAUUCCGGUAAAAGAUCAUCCGGGACCGGUGUUUUCCUUCCCCAGAGAGCUGGCACUAAUUUUUAUUCUAACAGAAAACCAGAUAAUUUUAUAUUAAUUUACAUUUUUUUCAGUCAGCUUUGUUCUCCAGUUCUCCUCCCUUGUCGUGUUGUUCAAGCUCUGAACCUGAACGUCCAAGAGUUAGGCCUGCAGCUUUCUCCCCGCCGUGGUUGA